CUGCGCCGCCACGGAAUUCUCUAUUUCCUCGCUGAUAGGUUCCAUGCGGCGGCGAACCCCGUGCACUCGACCCCGAUUCCUCCACGCUCCAAACAAUCGCCAAUUCAAAACAAGACAGCCCAGCGAGCCCACUGGUCGCAGGGACAGCCGAGUUGAAUGCCGCCUACGCUGCCCGUGUUGGCGCGGCACAGCACCACGACAGCCGGUUGAAGGUUGUCGACUCUGCGGCUAUGAUGCCGCCCAAACGGCCCGGCGACGGCGACGACAGCCCUCUCGAUCCUGCCUCGGGCCCCAAAGUUAAGCUCCCGCGCCUCGAGCGUGGGCCUGAAGAUUUUUCCAAUGUCGUCAAGAGCAAAUUGCAAACCUACUCGCGCACUGGGCAAGCCUGCGAUCGAUGCAAGGUUCGGAAAAUCCGCUGCGAUGCCCUUCCCGAAGGCUGCUCCCACUGCACAAACCAAAACCUCGAAUGCAAUGUUACGGACCGUGUCACAGGCCGCACUGAGCGCCGCGGGUAUCUGCAACAGCUUGAGCGUGAGAAAACCGCGAUGCUAGAUCACAUCCGCGAACUAGAGAAGCUCCUUGACAGUAACGGGGUCAAGGUCAGGCCGUGGCAACCUUACGGCACCAGCUACCCGCCCGGGGUGACGCUUGACAAUAUGGGCAACCCAGUUCUAGAUCCAACGCCCAGUGAACAAUGGCAGCAGAUUGGAUCGCUAUGGGUCAAGAAAACGAACCAGAAACCACAUGUAUCCUCGAGCGGAUAUACGCGAUACCCGCUCCUAGAAUCCCGACCGACCGACAGCUAUCUCGGCGUCUCGUCCGACAGCGCUCUUCUAAGUUCUAUCAAGGGUACGACGCUGUCCAUCCUCGGCACAACCAUUGACAUUGCGUCGUUUGAUGCUCCCGACAUAGACGAGCCGCCGCCAGGGACACCAGCCAUGUCGCCUCUCUACAACAAAUCUGUCAUGGCCUUCCUACAGUCCAUCCUCAACGUCAACCCUCCCCUAGAAAACGUCGAGCUGCCCUCCAAGCAAGAUGCAUUCACGUAUUCGGAAUGGUACUUUCUCAUGAUCUCGCCGUUCCUCCCAAUCCUGCACAAGCCAUCCUUUCUCCAGCUAUUGACCCGUAUCUACGACGAACCCUCGUUCAAGGCGUCGGUUCCAGAGCUAGUGAUAGUUCAUAUGGUAUUUGCGACAAUUUAUUUCCAGUACGGCAUCAGGAAUCGCGAGGAGCCUGAGAAGCAUGCGCAACUCAAUGAGCUGUCCAACAAGCAUUAUCAUUGGUGCCUGAGCAAGUUCUAUGAUCUUGCCUCUUCCCAAACGGUGACGGCUGUCCAGGCCCUUGCAAUGAUUGUCUCACAUACACGGAACUUCCCGAAACCUGGCUGUUCGUCCGCAGUUGCCCACUUUGCCAUAAUGAAGGCGAUCGAGCUAAAUCUCCACAGGGCAGUAAAGAUGCCCGGCGGUGGGACAACGCUGAACAACGAAAUUCGAAAGAGGGUAUGGUGGGCUAUCCUCGGCGUUCUCACAACCUUGAAUGGCCGGCUCGGCAGGCCAAUGCCAAUCACGCUUGAGGAGUUUGACGUCGAAUUCCCAAUGGCUAUCCCCGACGAAUAUCUUGGUGAGGAAGGGAUCUUGGACCCUUCCAAGAUUGGCCACUGCAACUACCAUGUUGGCCUCAUGGGCUUUAAAGUGGUGCCUUUGUACAUGGAGAUGUACUCAAACAUCUACAGCGUGCGGCGGGAUCCAAACAAAUACGUCGACGUGGUGCGCGAGCUUGAAGAUGGGUUGCGCAACUUGCUCGAUAAUCUCCCUGACGAACUGAGAAUGGAGAGGUGUAAGCCCGGGAGUCAGAUUUUUGCUCUCUACACGCAAGCCUUUUGCCUCGAAUUCACUCUAUGCCUCAGGCAUCCGUCGGUUUGUAUGACCGACGACGCCAAGAUUUGUGCCGAUAAUACCAGGAUCUGCGAGGAGACCGCGGGUAAGCUGCUCAAAGUGGUUGGGGAGCUAUUAAGGAUGAAAUCCCUUGAUACUACCUGGUACCAAUUGGCAGUAUAUGUCGCCGCAAUUUUCUCAACAUUGGUGGCCCAUUGGGAGAGACGCUGCGACACCUCGUCGGCAGAGAUAGACAAACUGCGGGAAGAGAUGAGACUAUGGUUGACUAUUAUUGGGGAGAUUGGUCGACUUCUGGGCGCGGGUGGCCGCCUGGCAAACGAGAUCAGUAUUGUCAUUGAACGAACGAUCAACUGGAUCGAACGAGACACGAAUCGGGAACUCGACACUCCAAAACAGCAAUCGCAUAACCCUUCUUCGCCCAAUAGCUCAGACAGCCCAAAUGAGCAGCGCAGCGCUAGUACGAUCAACGGCAGCAGCUACUAUGAUCCAGGUCUCCCUGGGGGAUCGGCACCAUACCCGUCCCUAAACUACCAUGAACAGGAUUCUAGCGGGCCCGCUUCCCAUCAAAACGGCAAUGGCAUGGGGCCUGGCGCAGUUUACGAACCCGCAAAUGGCACGCAGUAUGUUGCUGCAGUUGAUCAAGUAUCAUCGACACCGAACCCACUGAUAGCAUUCGCUUCUCAGGCAACACAGCAUGUCGCCGGCCAAGCUGGCGAAGAUUGGCGCCCCCAAGCCCAGCAGCUGAUAGGACAGAACGCCACCAAUACCUGGCACGACUGGACAGCUGCCAUCGCCGACAGCCAGGACCGAUACAGCGCAAAUGCGUUGUUGACGCUGGGGUCGGGACGGGUAGGUGAUACCGGCUUAGGGCAGCACGUGGUUGGACACGUCAACCAGGGAGAGUCGAUGGACAUUGCACCCGUACCGACUUCGCAAACAGGCCAAUGGCCGCUCUUGCUGUUUAAUGACGGAACGGGGGGGAUUGAUAGUGGCUAAAACCACAUGGUUCCAGUCUCUCCACGAGGGGCACAGAUCACCUACAUCCGGUCUUGUACAACAAUCGGUUCGAUUGGCGGUACAUAUGCUGACUGCUGCUCCAGCCUUGUCCUGGUUUCGUACCGCCUGUUUUCUCUUUGUCUUCUUUUAAUUUCUGCUCUAGUUGGUUGUAAUUACUGGAUGAUGCAAGAAUUGAGCGCAGGAGUCGGGAGUCGAUGGGAAUAGCACCAUCCUCGCAUGUUUUGUUUUUGGCGCCCUUGUUUUUUAUCAAUUUUUU